AUGCCGCAGAUCCGCCAGGAUGCGAGGGCCUGGAUCCAGCAGAGCGGCAAGCUCUUUGAGAAAAGACUUCAUUUCCCAAAAGGCUCGGCGUCUGCAGUGUCGCAGGGCACCAUAGGAAAUGCAGUUCCCUCCGUGCACCAGCGAGUAGAUUUCCGGACGCGCAAAGCCUGUGUGGAAGCGCAUCCCCGGAAGUACGGAGGCCGACAGGAAGAGACUGAAAACAGAGAAAGAGUUGUCCCACUCUUGCUACGGUGGCCUGGAGGAGUUGAGAAACCGGAACAAGAGAAUUUAUCAUUUCUGGGACUCACAGUCGUGAUGUCUUUCAAGAGGGAAGGAGACGAUUGGAGUCAACUCAAUGUUCUCAAAAAAAGAAGAGUCGGGGAUCUGCUAGCCAGUUACAUCCCAGAGGAUGAGGCGCUGAUGCUUCGGGAUGGACGUUUUGCUUGUGCCAUCUGCCCCCAUCGACCAGUACUGGACACCCUGGCUAUGCUGACUGCCCACCGAGCAGGCAAGAAACAUCUAUCCAGCUUGCAGCUUUUCUAUGGCAAGAAGCAGCCAGGAAAGGAGAGGAAGCAGAAUCCAAGACAUCAGAAUGAAUUGAGAAGGGAAGAAACCAAAGCUGAGGCUCCUCUGCUAACCCAGACACGACUUAUCACCCAGAGUGCUCUGCACAGAGCCCCCGACUAUAACAGUUGCUGCCGCCGGAAGUACAGACCAGAAGCCCCUGGUCCCUCUGUCUCCCUUUCCCCUAUGCCACCCUCAGAGGUCGAACUCCAAAGUGGGAAGAUCAGUAGGGAACCUGAGCCUGGGGCUGGCCCACAGGCCGAGGAGUCAGCAACUGUCUCAGCCCCUGCACCUGUGAGCCCCACAAGAAGACGAGCCCUGAACCAUUAUCUCACCCUUCGAAGCUCUGGAUGGAUCCCAGAUGGAAGAGGUCGAUGGGUAAAAGAUGAAAAUGUUGAGUUUGACUCUGAUGAGGAGGAACCACCUGAUUACCCCUUGGACUGACAGCCUUUUCCCAUUCAUUCACAAAUAAACUGCAGGGGGUGCUGAGAACUUAA